AUGGCCAAGUGUAGGUUUUGGGAAGAUUGCAAAUCCUUUGGCAAUUCUAUCCAGAGUCCCUGGAUCGUCAUGGGAGAUUUCAACGACAUCGCUUCUACCGACGAGCAAUGGAGGAGUAUCUCUAUUAAUAAUAAUUGUUUGCAGAAAUUCGUGGAUUCUUUUAGUCUUUGUGGCAUGUUGGACCCGGGGUACUCUGAUCCAAAUUAUACAUGGUGUCGUUUUGCAGGUAAUAGAGUGGUCCAGUUGCGUAGGCUGGACAGGAUGCUUUGGAACAUCGAGGCUCAGCUGGCCUUCCUGGAAGGAAAUGUUUUGGUUCUUCCUAGGGUCCACUCCAACCACAACCCGAUCAUGUUUAUUGAUCAAGUGGGCAGGCCUCCUGAUCAGAAUGCCCGCCCUUUUAGGUUUGAAGCAGCCUGGCUCCUAAGAUCAGAUUACAAAAACAUCUGGACUAAUGUUGUUGCUAGUAGCGCUCACAAUAUCGAAGGCAUAAUCUCCUCAGUGACUAAGGAGAGUAUCCGCUGGAAUAAGCAAACCUUUGGAGAUAUCUUUAGCAGAAAAAAGCGCCUUGAAACCCGGAUUCGAGGGAUCCAAGCUGCCAGCAAUUACUCCACCUCGACUGACCUCUAA